CACGAGGAUGCCCCAUCGUGCCUUCCUCGACGAAGAGAUCGUCAAGAGGGGUACGUUUUGACGACCGUGCCACUUCCUUCCAUAUACCUUGAUUAACGUCACCGAACGUGUCAGGUCGGCGAACUCUCUCCCUUUGCUGUAAACCCUCCCGUCGCUACCCCGGAUGAGCUGCUCAAUUGCCGAAAAUGGCGAGCAGUGAUUUGGCGGAAGCGUUCACGCGACUGUCAACCUCUGGCUCGAGACUAAACGCUCUGGAAGCUUUGAUUAAGGAGCUGACGCCAUAUGAGUGGAGGUUUGUCCAGUCUCUUACCAACCCACGAACUUUCCAGUGUGACAUCAUCGGGCAACUACCCGUAGAGCUUGUCUCUCACAUAUUCUCGUAUCUUGAUACAUCUACACCGUGGCGACUGCAGCUUGUAUCUCGUUCCUGGUCUGAGAAACUGCGAAGCUUGGUAGUACUUAAGCCCAGCCUCGACAGCUGGUACGAUGGCAGGGUCAAUCUUCAAGGCGCCGACCUUGACUUUUGCUGGCACAAAGCUCGAAGCAUUCAUGCUUUCCGCCACGCUUCUCAAUCAGCCCCGCCAGACAGCAGUUUCAAGAUAUCGGCACCCUUUCAUUUGGGCGAACAAAUACUUGCUGGCGACAACCUGAUAUGGCUCGACAAAAACCGCCGUCAAGUGCACGUGCUAAACUUGAGGUCAUUGACCCAUAAAGUCCUCGUCUCCAUGGCCCGCGGCAUGCUUCGAAAUCUUUAUGCGUCCGACGAGUUAGUAGUGUUUACUCCACAUACCAACGGAACCGUUUACGUUGGCGAACUGGACGGUCAAAGCCCAUUAAAACAAUUUCGGUUUAUCAAUUCAGCCCUAAAUUUCGCCGUAACGUGUCGACAUCGGACAGUGGCAUGCGCACAGCACCUGCAAGGCCGGACACGCGUCUACAUCUGGAACUACGACACUCAGCAGGGCAGAUCAUUCAACGUCAGCAAUGAUACGCCCAUGCUUUCAGGGGAUCAUCUAAAUCCUUCGAUGUUUUCUGAUUUAGGGUUGCUUCUACAACCGGACACUGAAACGAUUGUGUUAUGCCUGCUCGCCCAACCUAAUAGUGAACAGAAUCCCGGCAAUAGCCCUCAGGUGCUCUAUUAUCGAUUCACUUUCGCAGGCGAAUAUCUCCACAGUGCCAAACAAGUACUCGACGGGUACUACGACGACGACAUCAAUAUCGAAUUCGGCGACCGGACAAGCUUGAAAUUCAUACCCGCGAGUCACGAUGGUCUGUUCAUGUUGCAAUGCAACGCAUGGGUAUCGUCUUAUGCAAUUAAAACCGUCCACACACUUCAAUUCGAUGAAAAACUGCAUGCCUUCACAAGCCCUCGGCACUCCAGAAUGUACCCGAUUGACCAACACGAUCAAGGCAACAUUGUUUGGUGGAAGAACGUUUUCAUCGAAGCCGGCACCAAGGAGAACAUUGUCGUUCACCGGGGCACUACCUCUCAUCCUCGCCAUGACCCAGCGGUGGUGUACGUUCAUGUCGAGCCUGUGCGAAGGGCUGAUAGAGAACGGCAAAUGAACUUCAAAGACCUUCUCAUUAACGACAUGUACAUUGUACGGCCGUAUUGCGAUGCAUUUUAUGUCUACUGCUACGAUCAUACUGUGCAGUUGCCAGGAAAGGAGGGUACAUUGGAUGGUGUGGGGCCCUGGGAGGUAAUUGAGCCCAGAUCUGCGAGCGUGAGCGAGUGUGUAGGAGGAACGGACGGCACAUAAUUGCCUAGGAUGUACUGCAGACCUCAAGGUCUGUUGUCUUGGAAUAGGGUUGAUGAUUGCUCUUUGCAGCAAGGGGAACGAAUCCACAGUUAGCUGUAUAUACGAGUAUAAUUCAAACACAGUCAGC